AGUUGUGGUGGAAUAUUCCAGAAACGGCGGGGCUGCGCCAGAGCAACGGCACAAAGGUUUAAACCGGCACUGGGAGCGGCUGAACAUCGUCUCCGCUAGCUUCAAACCUGCGGCCUUUCACAAUUUUGAAGCCGACGGUCGGAGCAGGAGGUCCAUCCCACGCGGUGUCGAACUGUGACUGGCGGAGAUGGAGGCGAACACAUAUCAAGUGGUAUCGUCGGCGGUGGUGAACCUGCGGAUUAGCAGCCCCCUAACUUCGUUUAUCUCGGAGAAAAGGUUCAACCGUGGCAUUAUCGUGUCCGAAUUCAAGUGUAAACUAGAACUGAUUGUGGGUUCUCCUGCCUCAUCCAUGGAGCUGGAGUUAUUCAAUGCAGAUGACAAAUUCAUUGGCUUGCUGGACCAAGAUGAUGCAUUGCUUGGAUCUUAUCCUGUGGAUGAUCACUGUCGGAUACAUGUAAUGGACAAAAGUGGAGUGAAAAUGGGAGAAUAUGAGGAUGUUUCUAAAGUUAUUAAAUAUGAAAUUUCAAAUGAAGCAUAUGAAAAGAGAACAGAUUCAGCUCGUUUAUUUAUGAAACGCAACAAGCUGGGCUUGCAUAAUGAGGAGCAGCGAGCAAAAGAAGAGUUGGAGAUGGAGCAGAGACGACAAGAGGAGAAAGCUUUGGCAGAUGGCAUCCUAGUAGGUUCAAGGUGUGAGGUUAUAAUAUCAGGACAGCCAACCAAACGAGGCACAGUGAUGUAUGUUGGUCAAACAGAAUUUAAACCUGGAUACUGGAUUGGAUUGAAAUAUGAUGAACCUUUAGGAAAGCAUGAUGGCAGUGUAAAUGGAAAAAGAUACUUUGAAUGUCAGUCCAAGUAUGGAGCAUUUGUGAAGCCACAGUCUGUAACAGUGGGUGAUUAUCCAGAGGAAGACUAUGGCCUGAAUGAUGAAAUAUGAUUACUAAUCAUUCUAUAUCUUGAAGGCAUUGCACAGUGGACUUGUAUCCUGAUAAUCCUGAAUUCAAUGAUUCCUUGUUACAGUUGCAUUCAAGUUGCUGGAGUUCCUGAAUAGGUUGGGACUAUGCACUUAUUUGGCUAACAUGCUCUGCAGGUUGUUUGCCUCAUGAUGAAAUAGAGGUGUCCAUUCAUUUUUACAUUUGCAACAUUUCUAGUUGGCAACUGACACUAGAUAUUGAAAAUCCAGACAGAAUUUGCAAAACACAUUAACUUGAUCAAAAGACACUUAAUCGACACUUAGACUCUUUGUAAAAUUGCAGUGUAAAAUUAUUGGUCCAGAUGUAAGCAAUAUUACACUUGUCCAUAAUUAGGGCUGAACAAUGCUCAUCAUUACUGUGGGUCAUGGGUUCCCAACAUCCCCUUGGAUAAUGGUAUAGGCAUAAACGGCAUAAAAAGGGUUGGGAACCCCUGACAUAGGGGUUCCCAACCCCUUUGAAGCAAAGAGUUAUCUUCUUUCGUGUUCUAUCUUUUUAUACUUGUGUAUUUUGUGAUUCUGUUUACUGUGGUAGAUACCAGCUGAAGAAAAUGAUCUAUUGAUUGCCAAAGUACAUUUAGAUAAUACUGCCAUAAACUGUGGUAAUUAUCACUGAAAGUUGGCAAAUUAGUUCAGUUGUUACUCAAUUUUACUUUAAUUUAUUGUUGGGAGACAUAGGUACAAACUCUAAGUAUUUGCAAUCUUUCAUCAGUUCUGCCUUGCUUCCAUACUGAGCUAAGGUGUUUAUGCAGUGUUGCAUCAGCUAUGUAAAAUGUGCUUCAUUAUUUUACUUCCUAGGAGUUUAUAACAUAAAUCUUUAAAGUUUGUUCUCUUGCCAAACAUUCUUUUCUUACCGUUUAAAAGAUGAGCUAGUGACUUCUUCCACAUUGCUCAAAUGUUUUUUCGGCCAAGGUAUGGGUGUGCAAGUAAGAUUUCAAUUUCUUGAUAUUGAAAGGAAAGUUUUUUUUUUGCCUUAACAUGUACAUGUUGUUAUUGCUGCUGGAAAAGGUUAAUCUCUAUUGCACAGACUCACUCCAUACUUCUCAUGCAUACUUUUUUUAAGGUUUCUUACUGAUUUGUUACCUUAUUAGCACGUUUUGAACACAUUUGACAUUUGGCUGCACUACCGAGGUAUUUCUUGCAACAAGAUUUCAACACGUGUACAUCAAUGUUUUCUGCUCUGUAAAACAAAGUGGCGUAAUAAAGCAUCUUUACCUAUG